AGAUGUCGACUAGUUACUCUGCAAACCAGUAUGAAAAUGCUUUUAAAUCGCAAAAGCUCCAGAAUUGGACCAUCCCAAAACAUUUCAAAGAGAGACCAUCAGCAGCAGAAGGCCACACUACAUUUAUAGCCACAGACCGUGGCCACCUUCUACCUGGUGUCAGAACAAAGAGUGGAAGUGCAUGGCCAGCAUUCCAAGGCACAUGGGAUUUACCUCAGUAUAUCCAUCCUGCUUCCAUAAACCCCACUGCCCGUUCACGAGAGGGCGAGGAUCGCCUCAGGACCUGGGGACAGAUGAAAUUUGCCACAAACCAGACUCAUGAGGCCCCUGAUGGCAGCCAGGCUACAAACAGAACCAUUAACAAUGUGGAAAACAUAAAUGUGGACCAGCCUGCAGAAGAGUCAAAAAUGCCAGCGAGUGACCCAGACCGAAAUGAACCAGAGAGGCCCAAAUCACAUCACAGCCAAGACCAGUCUAACCCAGUAAACCUUCUCGAAAACCAAACCCAGUCUAGACCAGGAAGUCACCACAGCCAACAGGCUCCAUCCAGACCAGCCACUCAAGAGAGCCAAGCUGAGUUAAGACCACCAACCCAGAACAGCAGACCAGCAUCUCAGCAGAAAUAACACCAUUUAUAAUCAGAUCCCCUGCAUGGGCAGUUAUAAAAGUUGUUCCAUGAAAUGGCAUUACGUAAGCCUACCACUUCUUUGAAAAACACUUUUACUUUACAGAUAUGAUUAUUAUUGUGUUCCAUUUAUUUAUAACUGUGCUCUCUGUUUGUGCAUAC